UCGUUCCCCGUCCGUUGGCAGCGUCCGAAAUUUGAAACAUCCCAAGCGAAGCCCGGAGAAGCAAGGGCCGCAGGACCAUUUUUUUCCUAUUAAAAAUUGGGUGGAAAAGGCCUCGCCUUUGGCCUGCGCGAUUCGAGAUUUCGGAGCACCGCGGCGGCGGCCGGAUCGGGGUGGCGGCGCGGUUCGGUCGCCGCUGGAGCGGAGCGGAUGCGCCGCGUCCCCCGGAGAGACCAUGACCACUUCUCCCCCAGUGCAAAAACUCCUUGUAGACCUUAAGAGGGGUCUGACAUUGUGAUGAUACUUUUGGCCCUUCCCUUGCAUUCACUACAAGUGGGGAUUGAGUUUUCAGUCUUCACUUACAAUGACGAGCGAAGGGCAGAUGACUUCGAAGGGCACAGAGGCUUCAGCUCCUGCUGUUCCUCCUGAUGAAGGAGUCAGAAAAGAACCUCAAAAAGGGCGAUUGCCCAAUGGGAGGACAACUGGUCCAGCACGUCGCUCAUCAAAGGGAAACUGGACUGCAGAAGAGGAUGACAUACUUCGCAAAGCUGUUGAAACUUACAAAGGGAAAAAUUGGAAAAAGAUAGCUGAAUGUUUUCCAGGUAGGACCGAUGUUCAAUGUUUGCAUAGGUGGCAGAAGGUUUUGAACCCUGAACUUGUUAAAGGGCCAUGGUCCAAAGAAGAAGAUGAUAUCAUUAUUCAGAUGGUAAACAAACUUGGGCCAAAGAAAUGGUCAACCAUUGCCCAAGCUCUGCCUGGACGUAUUGGAAAGCAAUGUCGAGAAAGAUGGCACAACCAUCUUAAUCCAGGGAUCAAUAAGGAAGCUUGGACACAAGAGGAGGAAAUCAAGCUCAUCCAUGUUCAUCAAACCUAUGGAAACAAAUGGGCUGAACUGACAAAGUUUUUACCAGGAAGGACAGACAAUGCAAUAAAAAAUCAUUGGCACAGCUCGGUGAAGAAGAAAAUUGAUUCAUACAGAGCAUCUGGAUUACUGGCUCAAUUCCAGGGCCUAGCACCUGUUGAAUACACUACUGGUGGUUUAAGUGUUGAUUCUUCAUCUGCAAUGACCAACCAAAUUAGUGAAGACAGUGGUCUUAAUAUUUUUCGGGAGGUGGAAGAUUCGACAGAGUUAAGUCAAUCAUCGUUUGCCAAGGGUUCUUGCUCUCAGGAGGAGCUAACUGAUGUCACUUUGGGAUCUCAUUUAAAUGUGCAUGAAUCAUUGUGUCAGGAUGGUUUCAUUAAUGCUGACAAUGCUGCUUCUGCAUUACCUGAGAUGCAUCACCAGUUAUCCACUUCUGACAUGGAUCAAGAUAAACACUUCCAGGACGAGUUAUCUCAAGGGAUGGAUUUGGAUAAACAGUUGCAAUUGCAGCAAGAAUUUUCUCAAGGAAUGGAUUUGCAUCUUGACAUAGAUGAAGUACCAAACAAUUUUGUGAUGACAGAUAGCCAUGCAUCCAAUGAGCUUACGGGUCAAUUUCAGGACACACAGAUUAUGCAUAGUUCAGAAAAUGGAGUAUCUUUGAUACCUUAUGCUGUAACACCAUGUGUUUCCAUCUUACCUAGUGUUCCUGAAUGUGACAAUAACAUAAAUAUGAUGUGUGAAGUGGGCAUAAAAAAUGAGGAUUGUUUCCAGACUGAACAGUGGCAGAAUAUUUCCAUUGAACCAGGUUCAUAUUCUUCUGAAGCUGCAAACAACUUUUCUGCACCACUUUACCCAUUGCAGACAUCUGAACCUGCAACCAUGAUGGGCGGCCCUUCGAACUAUCAGACUUUUGUAACAUCAUUACCGCCAUCCUUCAUUUCUUCAGAUGGUACUUCCAAUGCAUCUGAUGUCAAAUUUGAGAAGAAUCGCUGUUCUGUUUCUCACCAAGAUUUGGAGAUUAAAACCUGCCACAAUUCUUCAGGUGAUCCUGAUCAAAGUUCAUAUAUUAGCAGCGAAGGUGACAGAAACAGGACUUCUGAACCAAUGGACAGCAUACCAGAUUCUGAAAAGAAACAGCUGGUUGAUCUUGAACAAUCAUGUUUGGAGCCCAUUAGCUGCGAAGGUGACAGAAACAGGAUUUCUGAAUCAAUGGACAGCAUACCAGAUUCUGAAAAGAAACAGCUGGUUGAUCUCGAACAAUCAUGUUUGGAGCCUACAGCCUACAUUGGAAAAGAAGCACUAUCAAGUCAUGGUGACUCUGUAUUAAGCGAAAAGGAGGAUGCUGGAGCUUUAUGCUAUGAACCUCCUUGCUUUGCGAGCUUUGAAGUUCCCUUUGUCAGCUGCGAGCUUGUAACCUCAAGUGAUCUCCCAGAAUACAGUCCUCUUGGCAUUCGAGAGUUGAUGAGGUCAUCCUUGAAUUUCCCUACCCCAGUAAGAUUGUGGGGCUCCCCUACUCGUGAUGGUAGUCCUGAUGCUGUGCUAAAAAAUGCUGCCAAAAGUUUUGUGUGCACCCCAUCCAUAAUGAAAAAACGGCCGAGGGAUCUCUCAUCUCCAACUCCUGAUAUAAGAAAUGAAAAGAAAUUGAAUGCUGAAAAGGAUUGUGGGAGGUCAGGCAUGUCCUCUACAAGAAUUGGGAAAUCUUGCAUGGACACCCCUGAUGAUUUUGUUGAUUUAGUUUCGCCGACAAGGAAAACUGCAUUUCAAAAGAAGCUCAAGCUUUCUCAAGAAAACAAAGAAAAUUUAAAUCAAAUUACUGAUCAGGGAGAAAAUGAAGGCAAUGCAAAGGUAAACCAUUUCACAGAAGGCAAGAGAUGUUCCACUGUGAACAGUGAUUCCACAAACAGUUUACAUUCUGCAGGGAUUCUUACUGAUAGAAGUGUCGACAACCUCAAUACACCUAAGCAUGGUCCAAAUUAUGAAAGUCAGAGGCUAAAUACCAGUACAAAGGCUUGGUCUAACUCUAAAGAUAUAAUAUUUUCUAGAUCAAAGCCAUCUGAACUUCUCGUUGAGAAAUCUAUACCCUGCAUUGAUGCAGAUUACGAGUAUGUGAACAUAUUGGCUGAUACUCCAGGUAUUAAAAGAGGCUUAGAAUCUCCCUCUGCAUGGAAGUCUCCUUUGUUCACACCAUUCCAGGAUGCAUACUUCAUGAGCCCAGCAAGCAGAGCUUUUGAUGCCUUAGGAUUGGUGAAGCAGAUUAAUGAGCAGAGUGCUGCUGCUUUGGAGGAAGCGCAUGAGGUUCUGGCAAGCGGUAGCCCAUGGAAGCGACACUGCAAGGAAAACAAUGACAAAGAAAAUACAGCUUGGAAGAACGAAGUUGGAACAAGCAAACCUCCAUCCAAACCCAUGGCAGAAGGACGGGUGCUCGAUUUCAAUGAAUGCUCCACACCUGUGAGGAAGAAAGAAGAUAAGACAGUGGACCUCGCUUUAGGAGGAUCUGCAAGCUCCUCUGUUGCUUCCUCUUAUCUUUGGAUGAAUGUGCGGUAGCUCUUUAUGGGAGACUUUGGAAUACUUCACCGAUGCUGUUGAUCAGUAUGUACAUGUCUGUUGUUCCCAUAAAUUCAUACCCUCUUCCCUCCUUCCUCUUUUUGAUAUACACAUUCCAUUAGCCCCUUAUUCUUUGUACUUGGGCAUUCUGAAAGUCAAUUCUAAAAGGAAACACAGUUUGUGUAAUGUUUA